AUGCGUUUGGUGUUUCUCCUGCCGAUCGUCUGCUGCCAGCUGAGCAGGUCAGCCUUUGACUUCAAUGACAACUCAUUGAAGGUCUUGCUAUUUUGGGCGGUGGACAAUGCCACCCGAACGCAGGAGAUCGUGAUGCGAAACGUGGCGUAUGCACGCAGAAUGGGAGGUCGCCAGUGCUGCGACGUGAUACUUGCGCACUACGAAGGAAGCCCAAACGACUGGGACAAGAACUGGUAUGCCAGCGAAGUCACGUCAAGCUUGCAGAAGCCUGGAUAUAAGUUCCGGUUCUUGCAGGAGGCGUACAGAGAAGAUCUCUGGACCAAGCAGUACGAGUUUGUGUGGGCGCUGGACAGUGACAUCGACUUCACAGACGUGAACCUUGUCGAGCUUUUCCAGCUGGCCCGCUCCUCCGGCUCUCUGAUCGUUGGUCCCACGUUUGCCGGAGACCAGGCGUGGAAGACGUAUGCAACGGACCUGAUGGAAGACCAUAGUCUCGAGUCACGGAAGGCCUUGCUCAGAUCCGACAAUCUCGUGGACCGGCAGAAGAUCAACUUAUUGGGCAAGCCAGAUCCCCGCUGCAUGAUGCGCCACACCGACUUCGUUGAGAUGACUGCACCGCUGCUGUCUUCAAUGGUUCUCUCUUUGAUCUUGAAAGACUGUGUUGACUGCAUCCAUGACCGCGCAGAGUGGGGCCUGGACAGGGUCUGGUGUGAGAUGGCCUCCGAGAAGUUUUCGGUCUCAGCCUGCACUCUGCUGGAUGCCACGCCUGUGAGACAUCUGGACUGGCAAACAGCCAAGGUCACCGCCGAUUUCAAGGAUGCCGAGCGGAAGGUCAAGGAACGGUAUGCCAAGUAUUGGGCACAAGUCCGCAACAUCGACUGCAUGUUGGCACAUAAGCAGCGGCGUGUCACGAUUGAUACUCACGGCAACAUCAAGGAAGACGACUGA